UUUGGUUUAAAUUCGUGGAGAAACGCUACAAUUAAAUACUCAAAUUACUUUUGAGUUUACUUAAUAAACGCCAUGAAACCAUUAAUUACAGUAAUACGAGCCGGGCGUAUAAGCUACGGCACAGGUUUACUCCUACAAAAAUAUUUAUGUAAUCAGCGCAUGGAGGAAGUGGACAAAUUUCGAAAUUAUAUUUUGUUACAAGAAUUCAAUCCAGUGUACACAACAGGUUUGCGCACAAAGGAAUACACAAAAGAAGAUGAGAUACGCCUGCGGAAAUGUGGUGCAGAAUUUUAUCGCACGAAUCGUGGUGGACUCAUAACUUUUCAUGGUCACGGGCAGCUCGUAGCAUAUCCCAUUAUACAUCUAAGACAAUUCAAACUAACCAUGCGUUUGUAUAUCAAAACUUUGGAAGAAACUGUUAUCAACGCUUGCCAACAAUUAGGCGUACUUAAUCCAACUACAACACAAGACACUGGUAUAUGGGUGAAUGAUAAUAAAAUAUGUGCCAUUGGUGUGCAUGGUUCGCGUUUCGUGACUACACAUGGUAUAGGACUGAAUUGUAGCACAGACUUGGAAUGGUUUGAACACAUAAUACCUUGCGGUAUAGAAGGCAAAGGUGUUACGUCGCUAAGUGUUGAACUUAAGCGCCACGUAUCAAUAGACGAAGCAUCAAAUGAGUUCAUAAAAAGUUUUGCAAAUAUUUUCAAUUGUCGCAUUGAAGAAGGUCAAUUUGAUGCAAAUAAUUUAAUCAGAGAAGCUCAAUCUAAAGCAUCUUGAACAGGUUAUCCGUUUAAAUUGAUCAAUCUGAUUU